GUGUAGCUCCGCGGGUGGGGGCUGUUCAUGGCGGUUCCGGGGUCUCCGGCACAUUUACCGGGUGUGGGGCUGAGUCCGACCGAAGUUGAGGCGGCGGAGCUCGAGGUGUUUGCUGGUGUGAAAUGACCGAGUACAAACUGGUGGUGGUCGGAGCUGGCGGUGUGGGGAAAAGCGCCUUGACCAUCCAGCUCAUCCAGAACCACUUCGUAGACGAGUAUGAUCCCACGAUAGAGGACUCGUAUCGAAAGCAAGUGGUUAUUGAUGGUGAAACCUGUUUGUUGGACAUACUUGACACUGCUGGACAGGAAGAGUACAGUGCCAUGAGAGACCAGUAUAUGAGGACAGGCGAAGGCUUUCUCUGUGUCUUUGCUAUCAACAAUAGCAAAUCAUUUGCAGAUAUUAACCUUUACAGGGAACAGAUUAAACGAGUGAAAGACUCAGAUGAUGUACCUAUGGUGCUGGUGGGAAAUAAAUGUGAUUUGCCAACAAGGACGGUUGACACAAAACAGGCUCACGAACUAGCCAAGAGCUAUGGAAUUCCUUUCAUUGAAACCUCAGCCAAGACCAGACAGGGUGUUGAAGAUGCGUUUUACACACUGGUCAGAGAAAUACGGCAGUACCGCAUGAAAAAACUCAACAGUAGUGACGAUGGGACUCAAGGCUGUCUGGGUCUUUCGUGUGCAGUCAUGUAACCAAAUGGAGUUUGGAGUUUCAUCCUCAGAAAAGAGCCACUUUUUGAGCUGCACUGACACCCUGGUCCUGACUUACCUGGAGGAGAAGUAUUAAAUACUCAUCUUCAGUCUCCCUGUGAAACCCCUUGCCACUUUCCCGGUGCCCAGUAGUAGAUCAGCACAGCGUUCUCUUGUCUGUUCUCUGCCUGAGAAGUUCUCAGAACAACUACCUCCUCACUUGGUUGUCUGACCAGAGAAAUGCACCUCUCCCUACCAGUGUUUCUUCUCCCUGGGCUUUUUCUCUCUGGGUUGUUUGGUUGGUUUUUUUUUUUUUCUCCUCUCUAGGUUUUUCAUUUGAAAAGAAAUUCAUGCUCUGAAACAGAGAACCUGUUGAAAUACUGUUGAAAACAGCAUAUUGAGCUCCAAAGUACCAACUGCUGGUGAUUUUUCUUUUUUAAUGUUGAACUUGGACCUGUGUUGAUAUUUGGAGCAAUGUUAUGAAUAACUUUUGUUGAAGUCACUGUCUGGUUUUGUUUAUGAUGUUAUUUGGCUACAUAUGCUAACCUGGCAUCUGCUCCUCUUAUCACAAAUAUGAAAGCAUUCUCCAAUCUCAGCUAGAGGACCUCUUGCUAAUAGUAAAUUUUGUGUCUACUCUGGUUCUCCUCUACUUCUGUGUAAUUAGAAACACCUUUCCUAAUGAAGUGCCUUUUUUCAGAAGUGAUUUGUAGAAUUUUCCUGUUUUAUUCAGUGAGGAAACCGUAUCAGGAUGUCUAUGGGCAGUCCGCUUGUGUAGGAUGGGUAGGCAGGCAUGUAUGAUAUCUGAUAUCUUCAUCUCAGAUAUGUUGUGUCUGGUUUUCCAGAGACCUGUUUAUGGAAUCUACAGGGAGAAUCUGAAACUAGAAAUACUUAAGAAUCAUUUUUUUACUCAGUCUCCACUUUUUUGCGUCCCUCCCCAACCCCCCAAAAGUUAUUGCCUGCAAAUUGUAUGUGCAAUUUGUAGUUAAUGUUUCCUUUAGCUUUUAUUCUUAUACAGAAGAAAAAAAGUGCUUAAGAAGCAGCCAGCCAUCAUAUGCUAAUUUGGACCACACAUUUGCAGUUGUAUAGGCCUUAUUAUAAUUUAGGUGAGAUUUUCUUCAAAAGGUGCAACCAAUGAUCUUCAAGUGUUAAAUGCAAUAUAUUAAUAGAAUGAAUAAUAAGCAGCUAAAGUUUAUUUUUGCCAACUUCACUACAUUCAUCUGGCUUAUAUUGACUGUUAUACAUACUAUUUGAGGGACAGGAUGUGCCUUACCAUCCUGAGCUAGCUAGUUAUUAGUUCACUUGGCUAGAGAGUAUGGUGCUAAUGAGACCAGGAUCACGGGUUUGGUAGUGAUGCUAGCCAUUUAUUGCUGUGCAAAGAGAAGUUCUGCCAGGGCCACAGACUGCCACUCCUAAUUCCAGCCAAUUUUAUCAUCUGUGUAUAUGCAACUCUGAGACUACACGGGUCUGUGUUCCCUUUGGAGGACAGAGUAUGGGAGUUAUUGUUACGUAUGAAUUGCCUAAGGUUAGGUGGAGGUAUAGCGUAUCAGUCCAUCAUUUAUUAAACAUCUGCUAUAUGCCUAUGUGCCUGCUGUGUAAGGAAGGCCACACGUGGCCUUUCUCUUAAAACUGUGAGACAUAUUGAACAAUCUGUGUGCUAUAGGGAGCUAUACAAUUACAAGUUUCACAGUCUCAUACGUCUGCUAUGUAUCUUUCACUCCACAAGCUUUUUCUUCAGUAUGUCCUAAGCACAGUUGGGCUGAACUGGGCCAAAAUCCAGAUUUAGAAAUGGUUUCCUGUUAGAUCUUUGUUAAAUUUAGGUGUGAUAUCUGGCUGGAUAGGUGAUAAACCUAACUGUUGUGAGCAAGUUAAGCCAUCUAAGGUAGUUGGACUUAAAAUAUGGAUUAUGAAGGUUUAUGGAUGCUGAGACCUCCCCUCAGUUACCUUGAAUUCUAAGAGCUCAGCUUCACCCAAGUUAAAUCCUUAGCUGUCAAAAAUUUUGUAUCCCUUUGCAGCUGGUCUUUGCUGUUAAAGGUGGUAAGUUCAAGAGUAUGAAGAUAGAAUAUCCUGUUUGGCUGAUGCGAUAGUGUUUACUCCAUAAAUGUUUCUAUGAAGUGCUGUUUAUAUUCAAACAGCUUAGUAUAGAACCUUGGUAAUAAAGGACUAUCCUCAAAACAUCACAGUACUGGGCUUGUGAAAGGUAGAAUUGAGAACAAGAAUUUGCAGCUCCUUGUUCAUAGAUCCCAAGUGUAGUCCUAAAGCUGUGAAUUCUUUCAUCUUUACCUUAAUGAGAUGUGAUUUUUAAAAAAAAAUUCAACAUAUUCAUGGAAAAAUUUCAGGUUCUUUCUCCUCCUCCUGAAUUUCAGUAAGAGUAAUCUAAUUUUAUUUUAACUUUGGGAGGUUUCUUUUCCCCUGAGCCUUCCAUAAUCCUUAAACCCAAAUGUAGCGUGUCUGGCUCCUAGGACACAAGAAACAAGUGAAAAAAUCAGGUAGUUUAACUUAAUAAUAUGAACUAAGGAAUCACAAGAGGAAAGAGGCAUUCACUGGGGUGAAUAUUAAGUUCUGGUGGUUUAUAUUUGGAACUGACAAGAUUUUAAUUUAUCUUUCAUCUUUAUCACUAAAUUACAUGUAAUUAUGUGACCUUACAUAAGUCACUAAAGGUCUGGGCCUCAACAAGGAUAGAAUCGGGCUCUAGAGACUUUUCCAGUUCCAGCAGUCAGUCUGUGAUUCUACCAGCACAUGGCUAAUGUUUUUCAUAUCAUUUAGUUUUCCAAAGGAACCAUUUGGUUCAAAGUGGUAUUUUCCAUGUCAGAGUAUCUGUCACAUAGAUUUACAAAUAACUGGUGACAGAAUUUGAGUGACCUUGGAAAGGGAAUUUCAGGUCAUUCCUGUGACUGUUUUUUGCAUAACUCCUAGAUGGGGGUUGUUUCAUUAGGAGUUAUAUAACCUAUAUGUUUUUGUGCCACCAAAUGCAGGAAAAUAUAUUAAUUGUGCAAAUCUGCUGUUUGAACUGGAGCUUAUUGGCCUCCUUGGUCCUACACAGAAGGGCUAAUAUUUUAAGUUGAAGAUUUUGUUGUAAAUUAAUCCAUCUUAAAUAGACUUUUUGUUCAUUUGAAUUUAAAGUUGGUUAUUGUUCUUGUUAAAUGAUUUUUUAAAAAAUAAAACUGGAAAUUCAUUGGUUAUUAA